AUGCCGCUAUUGCCGGAGAUGGACGACUCUCUCUCUUCCUCUACGGAGGCAGCGGAAGGCGAGGGCAGCGUGGAGUCUGUGGACUCCGAGCCGGAGGAGUCGGAAACCGAGGAAUCCCCUGUGCUCCAGAGCAGGCAGAAGACCCGCGUGCAAGGCAAGGAGACUGAGAAGAAGCAAGGGUCGGGGUGGAGGCUCGAGCUGAACGCGGGUCUGUUGUCGGCAGCAGAUCGUCUGAAGGCUAAAGAACAGAAGACUGCGAGGCAGGAGGCCGGCUUUCGAUUGACCGCUCCCGAGCAGUCUCCCGAACACCAGCGGAAGAAGGCGCGAAAGGUGCAAAGACAGCAGAGCAUUAUCUCGGACCUCCUCGCUCUGCGCAUCCGGCUGAACACCGGCCUCCGGGAGGCGAACCGCCUUCCGAAUGCGCAUAUGUUUGCGCUCCUUGGGGAGUGCUUGGAAUCCGCGGAAGCAAAGGAAGAACCGUCUUCUCUUGCCGCAUCUCUCAGUGGGCUGCGCGACGAAGCCGCGGGCCUCGUGAGCGACUUGCUCACUCUCCAGGGCGCCUUGUUCGAACAGGGCGGCCUUCAGCCUGACUCCGAAGAUGAGGACGGAGAAGAUCCAGGUGUAUGUACAGCUGACCACCGACUGGGUCCAGAGGUGGAGUCGUGGGAGGCGCGUCGCCGGCGGUGGCUGACUGCGCAGAACCCGUCGGGCCCAGCAGAAGAGCGAACCAGUACAGGCGGAAGAAAACGAAAGGUUUCAGAUGAUGAUGAGGGCGACGAGGAACUGGCAUCCGGAGAUGAGAAAGCUGUCGCGCAGCCUCGCGAAGCGACUGUAUGGACCGAGACUGUCGACGCGCUGUGGAGGCGAAAAACCCGACGGUUGUGUCUCGAAAACGCCGACGCCUGGCACGCCACUGUCGACCCGCGCUCGCAGACUUUCAAGGCUCUGAACCAGCCGCCCUCUGCGCAGCUGCAGCACGCCAUGUCGACUCAGUUUUCUCGGCUUCUGACCCGCGCGCUGCGCAUCGCUCACGUGCCGCCCCCUGCGCCUUCUCCGUCCUCCCCUUUCACUGGCUCCAGCGCGCAUGCAGACAGCGGCGCAUGCGUCCCCUGUCACGUUGUUGGCUGCUCGACGCUUCAGAAACUCAGUCGUUGCCGAGCAGGCGACCUGGGGAAGGACGGCAGGGCAGCGGGAGAGGAAGCUGCGCUUAUUUCAGACCUUCUGAAACACGACUUCUACGAUGACGGAGAUUUCUACGUCGAGCUGCUCAAACAAGUCAUUCAACAAGGUGGAGCUGUAGACUCCUCAGAUACACUCGAUCGAGAGAAGAACUUGCUGAAGCUUCGGAAUAAAUUAAACCGCGGACGAAAGGACGUGGAUCGCCGGGCAUCGAAGGGCAGGAAAAUUCGAUACCAGCCCAUUGAGAAACUUCAGAAUCUGAUGACUGCAACUCCGUGGCAGCCGAAUCUAGACGCCCUCCCCGGUGCGGGCGACGAAGCUAUGGUGGACCGACUCAUGCGGCAGUUGUUUGCUAACGACUAA